AUGUCCUCAAUGCUGAAUACUGUAAAGAGCUACAUGCCUGGCAGGAAUAUGUCAAUUUUCCUGGGAUUAGUAGGCUGUAUAUCGGGAGGUAUUUACUACGAUACUCAUCAAAGAAACUUGACAAUUCAAAAGUAUUGCGCUGAAGUAUCUCAUCUCUCUAAAGCACCUUUGGAGCCUCAAGCUUUGCCGAGAAAAGUUCGAGUAUACCUUCAUGGUCCUCCUGGCGACGGAAUAUGGGUAGCAAGAGAAGAGUUCGAGAAGUACGUUCGUCCGAUUUUGAAUUCUGCUGCUGUGGAUUUUGAAGUUUUUGAAUCUAAAGGAGAGGGUAACUUGCUAGAGCAAAUUGCUACAUCAGUUUGGAAAAAAAGGAAUGGGGUUUCUGAGGUACCUGAAGCAGAAAAAUUUCUUAAGUCAUUCUUAAAAGAAAGUGAUGAACCUAGUGUUAACCUAUUGUUUGGUAGACACGCUUUAAAAGAAUUCCUCUAUGGAAUUAAGUAUGCUUUCUCCAACGAAUAUGAUGAGAAAACAGUAAAUGAGAUGAAGAAGGAGCAAGAACAAUCUACCAAAAAACAAGAAGCCUCUGAAACUUCUGAAUCCCUCCCUCAAUCAGAUCCGCAGGGGACUAGUGAUUCUCAGUCACCAGAACAUCCAGAACAAGGAUCUGCUACUCCUGUUGAAGAUAUUUCACUUUGUAGAGAACUUACUGUAAAUGGAGAUGUGCCUCUUGGCUUAGUUGAUUUGAUCGCUCUUUAUCCACUUCCACACCUUCUGGGCUUUACUAAUACCCCACGACGCAUUUAUCGUUUCUUCAAAAGAAGAUACUUGGCUGAAGAAUUGGGUGAGAUUACCAAAAACAUCGUUCUUAAUUUAAAGAGUGUUUCUUUUCCAAUAAGCGACGGCCCUAUGUUGUUGCAGGACGAGGAAGCUGACUGGCCUAAACAAUAUACUAAUAGAGAAGAUGCUGAAAAGCAUAUUUGGACCGCUCCUUUUAUGGAGACUACUGAAAACAGACAAUUCUAUCGAAAUUUAAAAAUUUACAAGUCCGGGGAUGACUACGAAGAUAAUUUCUAG